AUUUGGCACGGGCGCCCGAUGACAGCCACCGUCGUCUUUGCAUGGGGCUCUGGCUCGGAUGGACAGCUCGGCCUUGGCGACAGCGUGGACCACGCCGAGCCGCGGCCGCUUGACCUCGGCGCCUUGCGCAGCCCGUUGGCGCUGGCCACGGGCGGCUGCCAUAGCGCUGCUGUGGAUGCAACUGGCGCGCUGUACAUGUGGGGCAGCAACGCCCACGCCCAGCUGCAUCUCGAGGCACCGACGGCGCAUGCGCCUGCACAGAUCGCGAUCGAGCCGCCCGUCACGCUUGUGCGCUGCGGCUGGUCGCAUACCAUCGCUGUUGCCACGCACGCCGAUGGUCUCUCGGCGGUCUAUAGCUGGGGUAGCAACCAGCACGACCAGCUCGGCCAGACAACGGCGCCAGGUAGGCUCUGGAAGCAGCUGCAGAAGAGCACGUUCGAAUGCGUACGUAGACAAAGCAACCCUCGUGCAACAGCCACUGCGCUUUCCCACGCCUGUGCUGGCCGUUGCCAGUGUCGCGAGUGGCUGGAAGCACUCGCUCCUUGCGACCAGCGAUGGUCGAGUGUUUGCCUGGGGCCAUGGCCGGUCGGGCGAGCUCGGACUUGGGCCCGCGACGCUUCGUGCACCAACACCGACAGUGGUGCCAAUCGACGGUGCCGUCGCAGCGGUCUACUGCGGGUGGCAGCAUUCGGUGUUCCACUUGACGUCCAAGGGUCUUGCCGUUGCUGGCAGCAACCGACACGGGCAGCUCGGGCUUCGCAACGAGCGUCGCCAGCAGGUCUUUGAACCCACGCCGAUCCUCGAGGCCGAUGUCGCUGCGCCCUUUCGCUGUGACCUCGUCGCUGUCGGGUGGCAUCAUGUCGUGGGCGUUCGCGACGGCGCCGUCUUCUCGUGGGGCAAAGGCUCGUUCGGUCAGCUCGGCCAUGGCGGUGUCGACGCAGAGCGUACACCCCGCCGCCUGGUGAUGGACGAGCGCAUCGACCACGUGGCGUGUGGCUCGGAGCACUCACUUCUUGUGGCAGCGAGCGGCCGACUCUACUCGUGCGGCUGGGGCGAACAUGGGAAUCUGGGGCACGGCGACACGCAGAGCGUAGCGAGGCCGACGGCCAUUGCGUACUUUGACAUGCAUCGCCUGCGUGUGUUCUCGGCGGUGGCGGCCGGCGCGACCUCGUUUGCCAUGGCGACGAGCCAGCGCACUUGA